AUGAAGAAAAGUGCUCCUUGUCGAGCACGAGUGUUGACCGGCGUUCAAACGUGUGCGCAGACGUCGGUGGUGAUCCACGAGAUCGGGCACGCCGUCGGCUUCUACCAUGAACAGAUGCGCAUGGACCGGGGUGGCAGCAUCCUCAUCCUGUGGGAAAACGUGCCGCGGGACAGAGCGUCCCAGUUCGCCCAGACCUUGGAGAACAGCCGGGGGGUGCCAUACGACGUCACCUCGGUCAUGCAGUACUCGCAAGGGGCAUUCAGCGCGCAACGGUUCGAGAAGAACACGAUCGUGACGCUGGACCCGCACCUGCAGCUGAGGCUUGGAGGAGACGGUGUGCUCAGCUUCCGGGACCUCAAGCUGGCCAACCUCAUGUACAACUGUCCCGAUCUGUGUCCCAACCGACGCGGCACGCAGUGCGAGAACGACGGCUUCCUCUUCCAGCCCGGCGGUGCGACCGACGAGGAGCCCUGCAUCUGCGUCUGCCCGCCCAACACGGCGGGCGAGCGCUGCGAGGAGCUGACGGGCACAUACUACGGAGAUCCCGUAUGCGGAGGCAACGUGACCACACCCGGCGAGGUCAUCGAGACACCGGGUUUUCCAAAUAGAGACGUCGACUACAAAGGUUGCACCUGGUGGAUACAGGCACCCGUAGGCCAGGUGCCGCGGCUGACGUUCGAGGAGUUCAGCAUCGAGCCCCGGCUAGACCUGCCCAAGGAGCACCCGGCUAGCACCUACAACGGGCAGUGCGCCCGAGAGCGCCUGGAGAUUCGCACGCGGGACCGUUACCACGGAAAGAUGUACUGUGGCAGCGAGAUCAAGCCCAACGAGACGAUGACGGCGCAGACAUCUGAGAUGGUGCUCAUCAUGGGAGCCAAGAGGACUAACACGGGAAAGGGAUUCAGGGCGCGCGUUGACUUCGUCGACAAGGCUUCCGGUCUGGGCGAGAUAGCGAACGCUAUUGCCAACGUCAUCGGCACGGCGCAGAACUUCGUCGAGGCGCAGAUGAGCGGAAGAUGACAGAUUCAGCGACAACUCACACAAUCGCUGUUGGCGCUAUGUACUAUGCUCGCUCGGGAGCGGUCUACGUACAACGGGUUCGGAAAGUCAAUGUCUGUUUUAGAUACCUAUUGGUUUGCACGAUAGCAGAUGGCAUUUGGUGAAACUAUAUUUUGCCAUAAUAAAAGCGGAGAAUUCUAACGCCGUCGUAAAGUUAUGGGUGCAUGAGGUAGCAUCCGCGAAUUUCAAAACAAACUGCGACGGCAAAUUCAACACGAUUGAACUAAAUCCAAGCUUUCUUUUUUUUUACAGCAAGCACAAAGUAGAGUUUUGAAGGUCACUCUGGCGAGUAAGCUGUAAGAAUACCGCAUGGCGAAGCCAAGGUGAGGGUGCGUUAGUAUACCAGGCGGCGAUAGUAUAGUGAUCAUGGUUUGUAGAAUAGAAUCGGCGUCGAAAGCUUGCGGGAUGCGGACUCCGCGAAAAAGGCAAAUUUCAGUCGUCUUAGCACGCAGCCAGUAAAAUAGUGCAGCCAGCAAAAUAGCGCAACAAUGUAUUGGUGUCACGUACGCUCACGUACGCAAGUCUGAAAUUGCCAACGUGAUCGGCAAGACGCACGAGUUCGUCGAGGCGCAAAUGA